UAAAACAAGAAAAGCCUGAAUUCAUCUCUCUCAUCUUCUCAAAGCUAUCACAUAUCAACCAGAGAGAGCGGGAGAGAGAUUUUGUUCUCCCUUUACCAUGCUUUCCUCCAUUUAAAUCUGGAUAGAAGCUCUCCUCUCUUCUCUUCUCUAGGCUUGUGGGUUGGGUGGCAAGUAACCACAAUUACAAGCCGACGAAAUCCAACCCAUAUACUAACAGAAACUAUUUUGUUCUAAGAGUGGCUGAGAAAACUAGAGGGGAUAGAUAACCCCCAUGGCUGUGGUUUCUUCUUCUUCUUCCAAUUCCUCUUCCUCUUCCAAAGCGUCAUCUCCGCCUCGUCCGCCUCCUGGCUCUCCCCUCUGCUUUCCUAUUAGAGAAAACGAGGGAGAGAACGAAGACGAGGAUGAAGAACAGCUUAACAUCAGAAGAACCCCAAAUCCAGCUUCCCGUGACGCCUCAAGGCACCACCACCCAACCCCUCUCCACGCUUCGGCCACCGCCACUAUCACCGCCAAACACAAAUCCUCCACAACCCGAAAACCGUCAGAAUCUACCGACGCCGACGAUCGUGGUGUUUCUUGCAACAAGUGCCGUCCCAACUCACGCGAGAAGAUCUCCGUUGUCCCCCUCGACGCCAAUGGCCACUCCUACGCUAGCCCCAACGGCAUCUUCAAAUCCUUAUUAUCAUCCCUCACAAGGAAAAGCCCCAAAACAUCAACAUCAUCAGUUCCGACAUCAACCUCAUCCAGGGAAGAACAAUGGAAGCUCGCCAUCGCCGAGCUCUCCCACAAGCUCAUCCAAACAACCCGAAAGAGAGAUGAAGCUCUCCUUGAAGCUUCCAGGCUUAAACACUCCAUGGCAGAGCUGGAGAAAAAGCUCAACAAACUCGAGAUCUACUGCCACAGCCUGAAAUCUGGUCCCGAGGUAUGUAGCAGUUCGCCAUUAAAACCCUCCAAAGGUUACGAUCUCAAUGGAAUCGAACACCAAGACAAGGUCAUCGAAUCUUUCCUCAAUUCGGUGGCGGAAGCGAGAUCUUCGGUCCGCGUUCUCAGCCGAUCCCUAACGCUCCAGCUUAGACAAAUGGGCGUCAAGGUCUACGAACGAAUCUCCUCGCUCCUCCAACCCUACGAGGUAAAGAUUUGGUUCGCCAAGAACCCAAGAGGCCUGAUGUUCUACUUGGAAGCGUUACUGAACAGUACCUUCUACGAGGAAUUCGAAUCAAUCGGGUUCCAGAAAAGCGGGUCGGAUAAAAUACUGAACCCGAUUGAGAGAUGUGAAGCGAAGUUCGCUUCUUUUCAAGUUCUAAAAGGGCUGAGCUGGGAUGAGGUACUGAACAAAGGGACGAAGCAUUUCAGUGAAGAGUUCAGUAGGUUCUGUGAUAGGAAGAUGAGUGAUAUAGUAACGAUGUUGGGUUGGAACAAAGCAUGGCCUGAGCCUCUGUUGCAGGCCUUCUUCGGUGCUGCUAAGAGUGUUUGGUUGGUUCAUCUCUUGGCCUUCUCUGUUCAUCCAAGCCUGCCUAUAUUCAGGGUGGAUAAAGGGGUGAGGUUUGAUGGGGUUUACAUGGAGGACAUGAGUGCUGAUAAGGCUCAGAAGCUAGUUCCAUCCAUGGUUAAGAUCAUGGUCGCACCUGGGUUUUAUGUUUACAAUAAUGUGGUUAAGUGUAAGGUCCUUUGCAAGUAUAAUAGUAGUAGUAGUAAUGGCAAUGGCAAUCUGGGUUCAUUAUCAUCACCUUAGGAAGUAGAAAAUUUGUUAAUUUUAAGAUGUAUACAGAAGGGAAGGGUGAAUUGAGUUUGUGGAUCUGUUCAUCUUCUGGUUUUAGUUUUGGGUUCUGAAUUUGUGUUGAAAGUAAGAGAUUUGUGUUAA